AACUCAGGGCGUAAACUAGGCCAGAGGUUGUCACGGCAACGAUUUGUAUGAGUGGAGCGCAUGUCCAAUGGGAGCAAGCAAGUAAUUCAGAGUAAAUGAGGUGUUUUCAAGCAACAAACUUUAGCUAACUAGGUAGCUAGCUGGUUGUCGGAUAAAACCUUCGUCGCUGCCAUUCAGAGAAGGCUAAAAUGGUUCGUUAACCGAGUGAACCAAGGCGAUGUCAAGUAGUAAUCUCCCACCGGUGCGCCAUUUGCCGCACUGGACCCGAGUUGGGCGUCUUGGGAAACCUUCUUCUCCACGACAUUUACCGGCGGCGAACCACCUGCAGCCGCUGACUGCUGUCCCGUCAGCGAACAGAGGAGUCGGGAGAGCGGCAGAGUUGUCCUGUCACACCGACAUGGACCCCCGCGUCGCAUCACUGCAGAGGAAUAUCCAGUUCCUGCAGCAACAACACACGGAAACUCUGGAGAGGCUCCAUGCAGAGAUAGAAUAUCUCAGACGGGAGAAUAAAGAGUUGCAGUAUAAGCUGAUAAUGGAGCCUCCCAAGUCAAGUAGAAAAGGACCGACACACAGUCGACGAAACAUUAGACCGCCCACUCAGGGAAGUGAAGCUCAUUCGGGACUCUACCUUGAGGAGCCACUGCAGGACACGCGACCCUCACAGGACCAGGCACUGAGCAUUGGAGAGGGUAGCGAAAUUCUGGGAUCUGCCAGGCAGGACCAUGUGUCAGAGGUGAAGGGGGGCCUCAUCACUUCAUUACAGCCUCUGCGAAUUCACACCGGUCCCUCCCAUCCACCACGCGCUCCCACACUACAGGAGUGUGAGGUUAUCAUCCGGCAGCUCUACAAUGCAAACAGUUUACAGUCUCAGGAAAUCAUACGUGUAAAGGCAUUGCUGAGAGAUAUUGUUUUGAGCAAGAAAAUCACCCCAGAAAACUACAUUCUGACCAAGGCCUACCUUGUUGAUGGAACUCGCAAAUCUUUUGAAGAGAAGAAAUUUCCAAAACUUGGUCUUCAAACAUAUCCAGAAAAAACGUCUGGACCCUCUCAGUCUGGUGUGGUCCUCCCGGCCCUCAAGCAGAGCCUCAGUUCAACUGUUGCAGAGCGUCAGAGGAGGACCCGUGCCAUGCAAAGAGACCGUUUCAAAAGGACGGUGCAGUGAUAAGAUCAAAACCACCACAGCGUCAGUUACAUCCACCUCAGGACUGGGGUUCUCACGAUUCUUCUAAGAAACCUUAGUCACAAAAACCGUACGACCGCCACGAAAUAAAUUCUCAGUAAUCAAUAUACAUUUCAAAUAUUUAUGUCCAGUGAUUACAUGUUUUUUAAAAGAUGAUUAUAAUGGGUACAGAAAUGUACUCAUGAAGGACAGAUAAUAUGAACAAAAAAAAGCAAAAUGACCUAAACAAACAAACCAAUCAACAAAAGAACAAACAGAAAAGAAAGUCUGUAGAUUUAAAAAGCCUUUAAUUCUUUGCACAAAACAAGGAGGAAUGAAUGUCACAAAUCUAGCUUUUUACUGGAAAUGAUAAAUGUAUUUAUUUAUUCAUUAUUACCAAAUAUUGCAUUUUUGGACUUUUUAAAAACUACAAGGCAGCAAUGGCUGCUCAUCUAACCACUGGAUAGUGAACCGAGUCAGGUGUCAGGAAGUUUUACUUGGAUUUUCACUGCACGUGUUGCGAUUCUGCCAAAAUGAUGGCAAUAUUGUUGCAUGCGACUUUGCAACUUUUAAAACAGCCAAGUAUUAAAACCUUUUAUCAGUGCAAACAACCAAAGUAAAGCCUCUAAAAGCAAUGCAAUUAAUAAGACACAAGAAACUACCCGCCACUUCUUGUAUUGGUCAACACUGUGUAGCAGUGUCAGACCUUGACUGGCCAAGUGUCAGCAGUCCUGGACCUACAGUACAACUGAGCAAGAUCCACUCAAACCAGUAAUAAAUCGUCUUAACACAGAA